GAAGUAUUGAAAAUGGCUGCUCCACUUGAUGCUUCCAAAGUUGAAAUCAUCAACUCAACUACUUCAAAAGAAAACAAGCCUAAGGAAAAUUAUGAAUUCGGGAAUGACUUCACUGAUCAUAUGUUAGAGGUGGAAUGGACAGAAAAAGAUGGCUGGGGUACUCCCAAAAUCAGUCCGUACCAUAACUUGUCCUUACCGCCUUCUUGCUGUGCUUUACAAUACGCGUUUGAAUUAUUUGAAGGGAUGAAAGCUUACCGUGGACAAGAUGGUAAGAUUAGGACUUUUAGAAAUUAUAUGAAUAUGGCUAGAAUGAAUAAGUCUGCCCAAAGACUUGCUUUACCUACUUUUGACGGAGAAGAAUUAUUAAAGUUGAUCGACCAGCUUAUCAGUAUCGAUAAAGACUUUACUCCACAAGGAUUCAAUUCUUCUUUGUAUAUUAGACCUACCUUGAUUGGAACCACUCCUUCCGUUCGCGUUAGAGCUCCUGAUAGAGCUUUACUAUAUGUUAUCCUCAGUCCAGUAAAUUCCACUUAUUUUGGUGGGAAAACGUCUUUGGAAGCUACAGAUUAUGCGGUUAGAGCUUGGCCAGGUGGAGUGGGUAAUAGAAAAUUAGGCGCUAAUUACGGUCCAAGUGUAUUACCUCAAAAGAAGGCUGCUGCAAGAGGUUAUUCUCAAAACUUAUGGUUGUUUGGCGAAGAAGGUUAUAUCACUGAAGCUGGGAUGAUGAACGUAUUCUUUGUAUUCAAAGAUGAAUCAGGUAAAAAAGAAUUAGUUACUGCUCCUUUGGAUGGUACUAUUUUAGAAGGGAUUACCAGAGAUUCCAUUUUAGAAUUAGCUAGGGGUAAGCUACCAAGUGAUGAGUGGUCUAUUUCCGAGCGUCAGUUCACUAUUCAUGAAGUUUUCGAUAAAGCUGCCAAGGGCCAAUUGGUUGAAGCCUUUGGCUGUGGUACUGCCGCCGUUGUUUCUUCAAUCAAUAGAAUUGGCUGGCAGGGUAAAGAUAUCGAAGUUGGUACCAGUAGCGAAUUGUGCGAGGCUAUUCUCGGAUGGAUUAAAAAUAUCCAAUACGGUGAAGAAGAAUUUAAGGAUUGGUCAAGAGUGGUAUGUUAAAAUAUUUACAUUAUAUGAUAUAUAUAUGGAAUUAAAUAAAAUCUAAUUCAU